CCGCCUCCGUCCCGGCUGCGGCCCCUGCCGGUUACAUAACUCGUUUCGGGCUCCGCGCGGCCGCACUUCUUGGCUGCCUGCGACUCCAGGAUGCUCUGAGCCCCACGACGGCGUCCGCUGCCGCCGGCUCCCGUCCGAGGUUAGCAUGAGGAGGAGGUAGCGUGCGGUGACAGUGCCCGGUGGGCUGGUGAGGGGGAGCGGCUGCCCUCCUGACGCCGCCUCCCUCCCUGCAGGUGUGAAUGACAGAGGUGGUGCCGUCCAGCGCCCUCAGCGAGGUCAGCCUACGCCUCCUCUGCCACGAUGACAUAGACACCGUGAAGCAUUUGUGCGGCGACUGGUUCCCCAUCGAGUACCCAGACUCAUGGUAUCGUGAUAUCACCUCCAACAAGAAGUUCUUUUCCCUCGCCGCAACCUACAGGGGUGCCAUCGUGGGAAUGAUAGUAGCUGAAAUAAAAAGUAGGACCAAGAUACACAAGGAAGACGGAGAUAUUCUAGCCUCCAACUUCUCUGUUGACACGCAGGUUGCGUACAUUCUAAGUCUGGGAGUAGUGAAGGAGUUCAGGAAGCACGGCAUCGGAUCUACCGCCAGGCCCACAGCCUGCUCUGCAGCUUCCUGCCGUGGUCCGGCAUCUCCACCAAGGGUGGCAUUGAGUAUAGCCGGACCAUGUGACACCAGCCGGCCAGCCGCCAUCAAGCCCCACCCUUUGGCACCCUGUAGAACCCGCCUUCCUGGCCAUCUGACUUCUGUUGUCUGCGAAGUUGCUGGUCGCCCCUUGCCUGGCCUGUCGGCCUGCCGCAGCUGCAGGCCCGGUGCUAUGUGGGCUUGGAGCAGAGCGUCGCAGGGCACACCUGGUCUGACAGAUUUUACAGAGAUGAUGAGAGCCUUGGGAUACCCUCGCCAUAUCUCUAUGGAAAACUUCCGCACACCAAAUUUUGGACUUGUGUCUGAAGUGCUGCUUUGGCUUGUGAAACGGUAUGAACCUCAGACCGACAUCCCUUCCGAUGUUGAGACUGAACAAGACCGAGUUUUCUUCAUUAAGGCAAUUGCCCAGUUCCUGGCCACCAAGGCACAUAUAAAACUCAAUACUAAGAAGCUUUAUCAGGCAGAUGGGUAUGCAGUGAAAGAGCUUUUGAAGAUCACCUCUGUCCUUUAUAACGCCAUGAAGACCAAAGGGAUGGAGGGCUCUAAGAUAGGAGAGGAGGACAUCAGCAAAUUCAAGUUUGAUCUUGGCUCAAAGAUUGCAGAUUUGAAAGCAGCCAGGCAGCUUGCUUCUGAAAUCACCUCCAAAGGAGCAUCUCUGUAUGACCUGCUGGGCAAGGAGGUAGAGUUGAGGGAACUGAGAACAGAAGCAAUUGCCAGACCUCUGGAAAUAAAUGAGACAGAAAAAGUGAUGAGAAUUGCGAUAAAAGAUAUUUUGGCGCAGGUGCAGAAGACUAAAGAUCUGCUCAAUAACGUGGCCUCUGACGAAGCUAAUUUAGAAGCCAAAAUUGAGAAGAGGAAAUUAGAACUGGAACGAAAUCGGAAGCGGCUCCAGACUCUGCAGAGUGUCAGGCCAGCCUUUAUGGAUGAAUAUGAGAAGAUCGAGGAGGAGUUGCAAAAGCAGUAUGACAUUUAUCUAGAGAAAUUUCGAAAUCUGGCUUAUCUGGAACAGCAGCUUGAGGACCAUCAUAGGAUGGAGCAAGAGAGGUUUGAGGAAGCUGAAAACACUCUGCGCCUGAUGCAGAACAAGCUGAAGGAGGAAGAGAAGCGCCUGCUCCGGAGUGGAAGUCAGCCAGGAGAGCCUGAAGCGGCCCUAAGUGAUAAGUCUGCAUGGAGUUUAUCCCCUCCUGAGAGGCCCGGUACAGGUAAUGAUGACUCAGACAUUGACAUCCAGGAAGAUGACGAAUCUGACAGUGAAUUGGAGGAGAGGCAGCUGUCCAAGCCGCGGACGGCCAUGGAGGUGCUCAUGCAAGGAAGACCCGGCAAACGCAUCGUGGGCACAAUGCAGGGCGGAGACUCUGAUGACGACAUGGAAGCAGCACCAGCUCUCUUAGGUAAAUGCAAGAAUUCCAGCUCCAAGAAGCAGGAGGAUUCUGAGGACAGUGAGAUUGACAUGGAGGGUGAUGAAGAAGACGACGAUUUGGAAGAUGAGAGUGUUGCUCUCUCGCCAGCUAAGCCCAGUCGAAGAGUCCGGAAGCCUGAGCCCCUGGAUGAGAGCGACAAUGACUUCUGACCCUCUUGCCCAAGGGACCAGACUGAUUAAAUCCCUCAGAUCUAUAUAGGUAAACAGGAAGUUGGAAGGUUAGGAAGGAAACCUAUUUUGUUCACUAAACUAGUUGGACUCAGUAAUGAAGCAACACCUAGUUGUUCUUUAGCCUCCUCUGUGUUAUUCCACAGAGCUUCAAUAAGAACUGAAGUAAGCCCCGAAGAGAAUGUGUUUUUUUGCCUUAUUUAUGUCCUGAAACUUGGGGAAUGCAUGUGUUCUUAGAGAUGCACAUGCACGGGACAAACACCCAAGGAGAAAUAAGGGUUGGCACCGUCAGGUCUUGGCUGUUGUUGUUGUGAUGUGUUUGCCUCUCAGAGUUGGGGGGACUGACGUGGGGCUGGGCACCAGGACUCAGUUUAGGAAUUGUGGGGGAGCGUACAGUUUUGGACAUUUACUGUAUAUCGGCUUUUAAUUCUAGCUUUUAUUUAGUUGUCUUAUUUUCUUCUGUAUGUUCACAAUACCAAGCUUGUUCUGAAUGAAAGUUAGCUAAGUCAGAUGAAAACCCACUUUCGUUAAAGAUCAGAUAACAGAGAGAUGCUCCAGAAUAUAAAUGCUCCAUUUUCUCUCAGAAGGUUGACAUUCCUCCUUAGGAAAGCAAAUUAAAGAAGAAAUGUUGGUACACGCUUGUGUUUCUGACUCUAAAAAGAUGAACCAGAAUGCAUUAGGUUGAGUAGCACUAGAAUAAUUACCCUGAUGUGAAAUGAGAAGUAACAGGUGGAGUUGUUUUGUUUUUCUGAUAUGGAAAACAGAGCAGUUUUCAUUUAUUUUUCACUUAUAAAGUUAGAAGACUUCUGAAGUUACUUGGCUCAUAAUAAAUGUAUUUAAUUCCUUGUUUUUAUAUCAUUAAAUAAGUUUUACUUGAAAGUUUAAUUACGUUCUUUAUUUGCACUUAUAACAAAUACUUGGGAGACGUUUAUAGGUUACUAUGGUACAUGUAAAUUUUUAAGAUAUGACGUGAUAAUUAUUUCUAUCUUUGCUUUUUUCUUUGCCUUUUCCUAAUUCCUACAUAAGAGAUUACCCCCUUUUUUAAACAUUGAGCAUUCAACUAAUUCACUAGCGAUUUGAGAUAUGCCAUUGUUGAAAUGAUGACGUAAAAGGGAAAUGGGAGUGUCAGGAGCCAUGUCAACCCCCUCAGGUGCCGUGGCUUCUAAGGUGCAAAAGUCACUGCGUCUUCUUGGAUGUUCUAGUUUUGGUGUCCCUGAGUCUGACCUGCCUUAUAUUUAAAAAAAUAAUAAUAAAUUUCCAUUUUCUUUAUGGGAUGCUUUCUUCUAGGGGGCAUUACCACAGGAGUGUGGCCCGCGCCGCAGGUAACCCCUCCACAGACAGAGGCAUCCCUUAGUUACCUGUUGGGCAGUCUCACCAUGGAAUGGCACUUCCUUAGAGCAGCUUCUGUCAGCCAAGGAGCCUCAAGCACCUGAUCGUAGUUACGAACAUCUGUCUGUCACUACUGUGACAGACCCCGCAGUCAGGUGUGUGCAAGUGCCUUUUGACCUUGUGCCAUUGGUUUUGGCCAAGCAUCAGAGCUGACUCGUGCCCCAGAGAAGACUGUGUGACUAGGUCAGUGAAAAACCAGUCGUUAGAUCAUUGUCGACAGUUGUUACUGUCUUAAACUGUGUGAUUAAAGGACCUCCUAAAAUGCUUUACAACAUGAAUAUUGACAGAAAAUGUAAAGAGAUUUUUUAAGUCCUUAAUUUUUAUUGGUGGCAGCCAUGAGAACAGAGUCCAAGGACUUGCAGUGGGGAGUCCGAGGAACUGUCUCCCUUUUAGCCGGGACGGGAAGAAGACCUGCAAGCGCUCUUUCGUUAGCAUUUUAAACUAUACUUUCAGUGUCACCCGUCUGAAAGGAAGCGGAGUCCCUUGAUGACAGCAGCUCACUGCAUAAGUAUCCCUGCUGUUGGAUUGGCCCAGGGGACUCUUAGGUGCUGGAACCGGGCCUGGCAGCCUUGGAAGAGAACUGAAACUGGCCAGAGCAGAAGCCCUUCCUGGAGCCGGGAGGACAGAGCGCUCAUCAGGGAAACAUGUCACUGACGGGAAACCCGUGGGUCUGAGACACAGGGUUCUCACUUGACACCUCUGUUGGGCAAUCUGGAAAGGAUUAAGCAAGAGUAACAUAGAAAAUUAAGUUUUUAAAUGAUGCACUGUUAAUUCUAAAAAGAAUAAAUUAUAUAGGAGA